CCAAAAUGCAAGCAAUAAUUUCAAAUGUAUAUUUCUAAAGAUUUAAUUAAUUUGUCUUUAAAUUCCCCCCCUCUCCAACAAUUAAUCAUCUGAUGGCACGGGGGUUGGAACAAGAUGAUCUUUAAGGCCCCUUCCAAACCAAACCGUUCUAUGAUACUAUACGAUUCUGUGGUCUCGGCUGCUGCUGUUUGGAAGAUGCUGCCAUUUGGCUGGAGGAGGAUGCUUUGUGUGUGUGGGAGGAACUUUGUGCUGGGAGAAGGGCCCCGGGAUGUGGCCCCCGGAUACCCCUACCCCAUCCCUCCCCAACUCUUUCCUACCCCCUCUUCGCCAGGAGAGGGCUGAGUCCGGGCGCACUCGUGACAUCGGAUGUGCCGUGCAUGCUCCGUUGCGUGCGUGUGCGGCAGGAUGAGGAUGGCGACGGGGUCUGGAAGGAGGAUGAGCACGUUAUGAAUUUCUAAAACAGCAGCUGGCUGGCAGCACAGCCUGCUUCGGUCGUGCUUUUCAUCCACCUUGUCCCCAGGCUGGCUGGCAGUGACACUGAGAGCUCGUCCCUGCAUGUUCCCAGCCUGUGGUGAAGCAGCAGAGUCGGGGGCCAGCCCGGACUUUCCAGUUCAUGUUUGAGCCGUGUUGCACAGAUACAAAUGGAUCAGAUAUGCAUGUUUUGUGAAAUGGUGCUGCAGAAAUAAUGACCUCAUUUCUGCCAUCUAUAAAUAAAUGAAGGUGAAAGGGCGCAUUUCCUACUCUCGGCUCUCUCUGGAGGCUGGAUUAAGAUUGAGAGCUGUCUGGCUGACAGACAGAGAUCUUUCACUAAUAGAUAUUAAACUACAACUUCACUGUGAUUGGCGUCUAAAGGAUCACCCAGCAAACUACACCACUGGGGAACUGUAAUAUUAGUUAUGUCAUCAUUUAAGGUCAAUAUGAUUUUUCUGGCUGCUGAGGAUGCCAAGGGUAAAGCAGUUUCCAAGGGAAAGGUGUCACUUUCAUGUUUUGUGUUUUUCUUCUUACGUGGUUAGUGGUGUGAGUCGAGGUUUCUGGGGGCCUCAGCCACUGAGGUCCCUCAAAGCUCCCUGUUUCUGCAGUGGGAUCUUACAAUUGGUUGAUAUUUUUUCCUUUUCAGAUCUUAAAAGAAAAAUUAACAUAUACCUAAAUGUGCUGCUUAGAUUUCAGCUAUUCGGCGAUUUAACUCUGUUGUCGAUCAGACACAGACUGCUCUGGGUGCAGGUGGGUUUGUUCAGACACUGCCGCUGCCCACAGCGAGCAGGACUUGUGCCGAGAGGAGGAGGGGAACUCUGCAAGGCAGGUGAGGCUGGGUGGUGAAGAGCAGCAUGGACCUGGAUGUGCUGAACAUGUUUGUCAUCGCCGGUGGCACCCUGGCUAUCCCCAUCCUGGCCUUCGUGGCCUCGUUCCUCCUGUGGCCCUCAGCACUCAUCCGCAUCUACUACUGGUACUGGCGCCGAGCCUUGGGCAUGCAGGUUAGAUAUGCAAACUACGAUGACUAUCAGUUUUGUUAUUCCUAUAGAGGAAGACCUGGAUACCGACCAUCCAUCCUGAUGCUACAUGGGUUCUCGGCCCACAAAGACAUGUGGCUGUCCAUAGUCAAGUUCCUGCCAAAGAACCUGCACUUGGUGUGUGUGGACAUGCCCGGGCACGAGGGCACAACCCGCUCAGACUUGGAUGAUUACUCCAUCAGUGGGCAAGCUAAGAGAAUACACCAGUUCGUGGAGUGCAUCAGGCUGAACAGAAGGCCCUUUCAUCUGGUUGGCACUUCCAUGGGGGGAAAUGUUGCCGGUGUCUAUGCUGCUCAGUACCCAGAAGACAUUUGCAGCCUGACCCUAAUCUGUCCUGCAGGCCUGCCAAGUACCACCGACAGCAAGUUCAUUAAGCAGCUCCGGGAGCUGCAGGAGUCCAAACGCAUUGACAGGAUCCCUUUAAUCCCCUCAACGCCCGAGGAGAUGGCGGAUAUGCUGAAGCUUUGCUCCUACGUUCGCUUCAAGGUGCCACAGCAGAUCCUCCAGGGCCUCGUUGAUGUUCGCAUUCCACACAAUGAAUUUUACCGGAAACUGUUUUUAGAAAUUGCGGAUGAAAAGUCCAGGCACUCUCUCCAUGAGAACAUGAGCAAGAUCAAAGCACCAACGCAGGUCAUCUGGGGAAAGCAGGACCAGGUCCUGGAUGUUUCUGGCGCCAGUGUUUUAGCAAAUGCCAUCCCGGACUGCCACGUGUACAUCCUGGAGAACUGUGGGCACUCAGUGGUGGUGGAGCGUCCCCGCAAGACAGCCAACCUCAUCCUGGAGUUCCUGGCGCUGCUGCACAGCAUAGACAACAACAAGAAGCAGGCGUGAGCAUGGCAGGGAGCUGAAUGCCCACGCCGGGUCUGUUAAAUUGUAAAGUACUGCAGAUUUGAUAAGUUCUCAGGGAUCUUGUACAAAUCGGAGUCAAUGUGCCAAAGUCCCUGAGGAAGGCAGAAUCACUGAUACCUAAACCUAUAGCACCACUGGCACAGUGACCUAGGGGUCAUUGAGCAACCUCCAUAGAUACAGAAAUGGAAGCAGAGUAUUUCCCUUUUCUACUUAAAGUAGAAAUGAGCUGAAAUCACCCAGCGCUCCUCACACAGCCGCCCAUCUUACCCGGGUUACCAGCACGUAGUUAUCCAUGACAUUUACCUAAACUAUAUAUGAAGUGUAGGAAGGAGGGAGCAUCCUGGACUGAGACUUACAGUAUUUCUACUCCUUAGAGUCCGUCGUGUUGCAUGCUGCUGUGCUGUAAGAGAGCCCCCCAGUGCUCCAGGCGUCUGCUUGAGUGCUCUCUGUGUAGCUCCUUAACUCGUGAUUUAUGCAGAAAACAACAGAAAACUUCACGUGUGGAAGUCCAAUGACUGUAUGUGCAAAAAUGUUUACACUCCGAGUGGGUUUUUCUAAAUCCCUGAAUAGCUCCUGUGUACAUGUAAAUGCCUUAAUGUUGCCCAGGGUGCGGCGUCCGCGCGCAGCCCGCCUUGCCCAGGGAUGGUUCUCCCUGAGGAUGAACAUAGCCAGUGGAAACGGGGUGCAGACGGCAGCUUUGCCACCGCUGUGUGAACCAGAGGAAUGGAAACAGCCCGGGGUGAUUCAGUCCCUGGGCCCGAGUCAGCAAUAAGCCCACGGGCGAAUUCUUGUCUCAAUUCCUCUAUCACAUCGUGCUGCUGAACACCUUGAUGUAAAUAACGAUUUUCUUUAUGAAUUCUGUGAAUUCUGCAAAAGCCAAUGUCACCAAGAGAGGCGUGAGGGGUGGGAGCGGGCUGCGUGUGUGGCUGCUGCAGGGGAUGUGGGCUCCUGGGCUCGCUGGGCAGCGAGGACGGAGUCAGCUCGCCCCCGAGGUGCUGGGUAGUGGUGUGGAAAGGUACAGUGUGCUUUUGAUGAUUAUGACUCCUGAUCAAGUGAAAUUAUAGGUAGAAACAGGCAACUCUCCAGGUGCGGUCCCUCACUGCCUACCGCAGGGGCAGGGCACUGGUCCCGGCCGCGGGCAGGACUGGUGGGUGCUGGAGGGCAAGGCAGUGCGUGGUGCCCUCAAAGGCAAAGCAGCAGGUGGCUGUCACCCCUGGGUCACCCCCAGCCCUCCUGGGGGGUUGACAGCAGGUGCUGCUCUAGCCCCCCCAGACUGGGUGCGCAGGCUUGCGGUGCUGACAGCUUCCCGAGGUACCCCCAUCUGUACAUACAUCUGAGACUCCUCGCCAGCUUCUCUGCUCUUUUUAAGAGAAGAAACACUGUUCUUUUAGAAAAUUAGAAAUUUGCUGUUAAUUGCUUGGUUAUUGUUUCUACUACAGGAGUUGAUUUAAAAAAAAAAAAAUUGAUGAUAGUUUUAUGUGGUGAAAGCCAGAAAAACUUGUUGGGUAUCUAUAUGGUUUCUCAUGCCACAGAUUGCUGUAUGCAAAGGAUUUAUAUGGCUAUUAAAAUCUAGUGAUUUAAGGAG